UUUUUUGUUUGUUGAAAAAAUAAGGAAUUAUACCGACGCUCACAGACGAAAAAGAGUUUAAACAAGUUUUUCUUCCUUUUUGAAGCUUUUGUUGUGGUUGAAUCGAAUGUUCGAAUCAACUUCGACAAUUGUCGUCCAUAAUCAUUUUCGUAGUUCAACUCUUUUAAAUUUUAGAAAAAAUUAUCCAUUGUUAUUCGGUGGCCGAUUGUUUAUGUCGAGUCGUAUCAUUAGUGUCGUUGCUCGUAGAUUAUUAUCAUCAUCAUCGUCAUUGAAAAAUAAAAACAACAAAAACAUCAGCAACAAUAAAGUUCCAACUGAUUGGGGAUAUAAAAAAAUCAAUAAAUAUAAACCAUUGUUUGUUGAAAAAAUUAUGGCCGAAUUAGAUCCGAAAAUUGCUUCGCAACUUGAACCAUUCCGUCAAUCGGUAAAAGAACAAGGUGACAUUGUUCGUCAGCUUAAAAGUGAAAAUGCACCCGAAUUGGAUGUUAAAAAAGCUGUAGCCGAAUUGAAAAAUCGUAAACGGCUUUUGGAAGAAAAAACUUUAGAACUAGCACCACCUGAUGCUGGAUUUGAACGUACCAAAAUGGAAGAUCUAAUUAAACGUCGUUUCUUUUUUGAUAAUUCAUUUGCUAUUUAUGGUGGUAUUACCGGGCAAUUUGAUUUUGGACCAAUGGGUUGUUCGGUCAAAAACAAUAUGAUUGAUUUAUGGAGAAAACAUUUUGUUCUGCAAGAACAAAUGUUGGAAGUUGAUUGUACUGUUUUAACACCGGAACCAGUAUUGAAAGCAUCCGGACAUGUUGAACGUUUUGCUGAUUUAAUGGUUAAAGAUUUGGUUACUGGUGAAUGUUUUCGUUUGGAUCAUUUGAUUAAAGCUCAUUUGGAAAAAUUAUCAUCAAAUCCAAAAACUUCUGAAGAGAUUCGACAAGAAUGUCAAACUAUUGUUACGAAAUUGGAUGGUUUCAAUAAAGAUCAGAUGAAUGAAAUUUUAAAAAAAUUUAAAAUCAAAUCACCACUUACCGGUAAUGAUCUAACCGAAGCUAUUGAAUUUAAUCUUAUGUUUUCAACAAUGAUUGGACCAUCUGGCCAGGUGAAAGGUUUUCUUCGACCCGAAACAGCACAAGGAAUUUUUGUCAAUUUUAAACGUUUAUUAGAAUUUAAUCAACGAAGAUUACCAUUUGCAGCUGCCCAAGUUGGUAAUGCAUUUCGUAAUGAAAUUAGUCCACGUUCUGGUCUUAUUCGUGUUCGUGAAUUUACAUUGGCUGAAAUUGAACAUUUUGUUGAUCCAUCGAAUAAAAGUCAUCCAAAAUAUGAUACUAUUGCUGAUUUACAAUUGAAUCUUUAUACAGCAUGUAAUCAAAUGGAUGGUAAAUCAAGUGAAUUAAUACGAAUUGGUGAUGCUGUUGAUAGGAAAAUUAUUGCCAAUGAAACAUUAGCAUAUUUUAUUGGUCGUAUUUAUUUGUUUAUGGUAAAAAUUGGUAUCGAUCAACGAAAACUUCGAUUUCGUCAACAUAUGGAUAAUGAAAUGGCACAUUAUGCAACUGAUUGUUGGGAUGCUGAAUGUUUAACAUCGUAUGGUUGGGUUGAAUGUGUUGGUUGUGCUGAUCGUUCAUGUUUUGAUCUAUUACAACAUACAAAAGCAACUAAUGUUAAAUUGGUUGCGGAAAAAGAUCUACCGGAACCUAAAAUGAUUAAUGUUGUUGAAAUAGUUCCGAAUAAAGGUUUGAUGGGUAAACAUUUUAAAUCGAAUGCACAAAAAGUAAUACAACGAUUAAAUGUUUUGAAUGAAAAUGAAAUCAAACAAAUUGAAGAGGAAUUGAAUGCAAAAAAUGAAUUUAUUUUGGAUUUAGAUAAAGAAAAUCAAGUGACAAUAACCAAAGAAAUGAUAACAAUCAAAAGAUAUGAGAAAAAAAUUCAUGUUGAAGAAUUUACACCGGGCGUUAUUGAACCAUCAUUCGGUAUUGGUCGUAUAAUGCAUACAUUAUUUGAACAUAAUUUUCGUAUCCGUCAAGAUGAUGAACAACGAACAUAUUUUGCAUUACCGGCUAUUGUUUGUCCAAUUAAAUGUUCAUUAUUACCAUUAAGUAAUCAUCAAUCAUUAAAAUCGUAUGUUACGGAAAUUUCAAAACAAUUAUCAUCAGCAGAUAUUUCAUUUAAAUUUGAUGAUACUGGAUCGAUUGGUAAACGUUAUGCACGAACUGAUGAAAUAUCAAUACCAUUUGCUAUUACGAUUGAUUUUGAUAGUUUGAAUGAUAAAAUGGUUACAUUAAGAGAACGUGAUUCAACCGAACAAAUUCGCUUGCCAAUAGCUGAUGUAGUUAAUAUUGUUAAAGAAUUAUCAAUGAAUAUUCGUCAAUGGGAUGAUGUUCGUAAUCAAUAUGGAAUAUUUGAUCCUACACAAAGUUCUUCCGAGCCGCCACCACAAUAGCAUCAAUUAAUCGAUUGUGUUUGUCAUAAAAAUUUAUCAAUAUCGAUAUAAACAAUUGAUUGUAAUCGUUUAUCAUUUUCUAAAUUAUGAAUUAGAUUUUGUAAUUGUUGCAAUC